AUUUUCCUGUCAUUGUUUUGACACUUUUCAAAUUUCUCGAGUCAUGCCCCGCUACGUCGGCAACUUGAACCAGCCCCAAGUGGCCUCCAUCGCCCAAAUGGGGGAAGCCCGCUCCCAGACGGGGACCCCCUCGCGAUACACCAUCGGCGCCACUGUGAGUAGCUACUACGCGGAGGACGUCCUCCCCGAGGACCAGAGUGUGGUGACUCGCCUCUUCGCCUUGUCCUUCCGGAACUUGCGCAACCGGAACUGGUUCGUCCAGCACGUUUUCGUGAUUGUGGGCUUGCAGAUGCUCUUCUCGUUCGUGUUUUACUUCGUGACGCUUUACAAGGAUGGUGCCUCGAAGAGUCUGGCCAAUAACUGGAUCCUCUUGUUGGUCAUUUUCACGGCGUUUUCGGUUGUGAUUACGGCGUUUAUGGUCUGCUGCUCGACUUGGAUUCGGCAAAAACCGAUUAAUUUAAUUUGCCUUUUUGUCAUUACACUUUGCGUGAUUCUCAUGUUUGGAGCGCUUGCUAGUAAAUUUAACUUCGCUUUAGUCAUGACGAAUCUCUUCGGAUGUCUCACUGUGGUUUGUUUUAUGAUUUCGUUGAUUGCGUCACAGAAAAAAUGGGAAAUUAUGAGUCUGAAUAUGUGUGGUGUUAUUAUGGCUAUCACUGUUGUUGUGUGUGGAGUCGUCGCAUUUGGCUUGUAUUUUUUAUGUAAAGAUCUAUUUCGUUGGGAUUUCAUAGUCGUUUCAACGAUUCUAACUAUUCUGGAUGUUGCGUUUAUGAUACUUCUUAUGAGACAAAUUAUAAAAGAACAAAUAUUGAACACAUCCGAUUUUGUUUUUGGAGCAAUUGUAAUGUACAUGAGCAUAACGACUUUAUACGUCUUCAAGGCCAUAACCAUAUUAUUUAGGGAUAGAAAACCACCAGAUGACACUGUUUUAGAAAGCUGAAUUUAUUGUAUUUUAAGUGUAAUUUAAAUAAAUGUUGGUUAGUAAA